AUGUUGCCUAAUUCUCGCUUCAUUCCUUCAUCAUCGUCCGAAUCGCACCAUGUUCACCACCACCACUCUCGACCACGAGCAUCGUCGACGGCGUCUCAACAUAAACCAAAGUCUAAUUUCUUAUCGCGAUUUAUGACGCCCACCCCAUCGAAACCACCCUACACGAAACCAUCUUCCGCAUCAUUACCUCACCUGCCUCCUAUUGGACAACGGAUCAAGCGAAAACCGCUAGUGUCUGAUCAUGGCGUCGAACCGACCUUGAGCGACCCUAGAUUUACAGCGCCCAUGACAACCGCAGCCAUCACAGAAACCAUGGUGAUCUCUUCAGCGAUAGAAGAAAACGAAACGAUGAAAAAGCAACAGCAAGCAGGCACCGGCAGUAUCCGAGGAUUUGGAAAAUUCUUUAAAAAAUUAGGCAAGCCAGCGGAGGACGAUUUCGAUCUGUCGUGGCCCAUGCAUGAUCCGUCUACUAACCCGAGUAGCAGCCCCCAUCCUGCAUCCGAUUUGAUGGUUCGUCAUCAUCCUCAUAUUCCUUUGGCCUCCCCUCCGCCUGUCGAUCAUCAUGUACCACCCUAUUCAUCCUUCACUCCCCCGUCACGAGAAGAAGAUGUCGCAGCGGCUGCAAUUCGCGACUCCUUGCCCUUGUCUACUUAUCGCGCAUCCUCCACCAACCUCAAUAAUAUCCAACCUAAAUAUAGCCAUUCUACACCUACUACCAAAAAAUCUGAUGGACAGUCUCAGCCAUCUUCUAUACCUCGCAUGGAAGAUGUUUACCCAUCGCACGAUCCCUUUCGCUCACGCUGGUCCAAUGCUUCCACCCACAAAUCCUCAGGAUCUUAUUCGCUUUACAGUACAUUUGGCACCGAAUCCUAUUGUUCCUCCGAAUUCGUCGAUGCAGAGGAAAAAUUUAAUUCCGCAGCCAACGAUACCACCGACGAUCCACCCAAACCCGUCAGCCAGCACGAAAUGCACUCGAGCCAAGCCAUGGAUCCAAACGAGGAUGUCAGUGACAGCCAAAGCGAUAUCUCGGAAGAGCAUGAUGUGUUUGUCGAUGCGACCGGAUGUUCUCAGGAAGAGAUUGAACGCGAAUUAAAGGAGCGAAAAUUGUCCAAACGCCUCAGCGGUGGCCACUACGGAAGCGCCGGAGGCCUUGUUUUCAGCAUCGUGACCCCACCUCCGAUUCCGCCAAAAAGCCACCAUCGACGACCGCCCGAAGACAUUGUCAAUGCCAUGUUGAAUUGGAAAAGGCAAAGUCUGCCGGGCAGACGGGCCAGUCAAGGCUCCUCCCUCAGUCAAGGGGCCUCGAUUACCAUUGUCAUUGAUGAAAACCAAGAGCCCGAGGCCGACAGUGGCAAAAUUUUGAUGCCUUCCGCGGCGGAUAACGAACGAGAGAAGCGCAAUGAAUCCUUGGAGAUAUUUUCUCAAGCCGUGAACGAAGCGCUCAGUGGCAUGACACUCGCCCCGCAGCUAAAACCGGACCAAGAGGAUGACCAAACGCAAUUGACCGUUGAAGCCAAGACCGCGGCACAGCGGUUAUGGAAUGAAGACGAAGCAUUUAUGGAAAGAGAGCGGGUGGCGGAAUGGCUCGGUUCAGCCAAACCGUUGAAUGCCAAGACGUUGGUGUUGUACAUGGAGAACUUUGAUUUCCGGACAUUGCGGUUAGAUACCGCGUUUAGGAAAUUAUGCGGCAAACUUUAUUUCAAAGCGGAAGCGCAGCAAAUCGAUCGCAUUUUGGAAGCCUUUGCUAAUCGGUACUGGAGUUGUAAUCCACGGUGUCUUUUUGGCAGCGCAGACGUUGUGUAUGCCAUUGUUUAUUCGUUGCUGUUGCUCAACACAGAUCUUCAUGUGGCACGCGGCAACUAUGCUCGUAUGACGCGACAAGCGUUUGUGAAAAAUACAAUGGCAACGAUCCAAGACCAACGGCAAGGGGCUGCCAACAGUGGCACGGUUCAAUUAUCACGUGCAUGGGAAGCUGAGGUGGAAGCGUAUCUCAAAGACCUUUACGUGUCCGUGAAACAACACCAGAUUUUGCAAUCGCUGCCAAAGCAUUUGGACACACGUCCUGUGCUGGAGAAACGCAGUAGCGUCAUGCUGGGUGGAGCUCGUCGCGUGGUUGAUUUCAAACGAAGUGUUGGCAAUAUGGUCCGGAAAACAGCCCGUGAAAGUAUGCUGUUUCCCGAUGACUUCGAAGCUCGAUCGAGCACAAGUUCAGGGCAACAAUCGCCGUUGACGCCGUCGUCACCGCCGCCUCCAAGGUCACCGAGACGAAGCUCCUUUUCGUCGACACUGUCGGCUACGUCUUCGGGCUCGCAUCCGACACGUGGCUUGCUAUCGCCGCAUCCUCAACCGAUGAUGCACUUUAUGAAUACCCACGCGUCAGCACUCUUCAGCAAUCAACCUCCCUACCUGAAAGAAGGCGUGGUGAUGCGUAAACAUCUUUUGGAGUCGGCCGUCCAUAAAGCAAAACAUCGCGAUUGGCGAGAAUGCUUCAUGGUGGUUACCGAAGGCGAGCUACGGAUGUAUGCCUUGCAGAGCAACGACACACCCGAACGUAAAAGCAUGCUGCGGUCCAGCAGUGCCAGUUUUGCCCAUCUCGCCGACUCUCUCAAACUAAACAGUAACAGCAUUCACGCCGCACCGUCUUCCUUUGGUGGGGUCCCAUCCAACCAGUGGGCGUCGACAUGUCAGCUUUUAAGUACGAUCAAGCUCAACCACUCACUGUCCAAUGUAUUGCCUCCACCAGGGUACAAUCGGCAGCGACCGCACGUGUUUGCAUUGCAACAAUCCAAUGGCGGCGUGUAUCUGUUUCAAGCUGGAUCCGCCGAACAGGUGUCGGAAUGGGUGGCGACUUGCAAUUAUUGGGCGGCAAGAGAAAGCAAGGAACCUUUGAGCGGCGGAGUGAGCAAUAUGGAGUACGGUUGGGGCAACUGUUUGAACGACGUUAUCAUGGAUCUGGACGAUGUGGAUCAAGGCCAAGUUAUUCCCGGGAGUCAUACGCGGGACGCGGAUCAUAUUACACUCUAUGACUGGCGUGCCCCCGCUCCACCCAUGGUCUCCAGUACCUUGUCAGAAAAAGAUCAGCGUGACGCACUUCAGAGGCAUUUGCAAGUGCUUAAUUACGAUAUCAAUAAUCAUCGCGAUCUGAAAAAGAAAAUCCUGGUCAAGUUCCCGAGCAAGAGCAACAACAAUACCAAAGCCCUAAGCAAUUGGGAAGCCAAAUCGAAAUAUUUACUGCACGAGAUCAUCAAGUAUCAAAAUUACUGCGACAUUCUGGAGAAAUGUAUUUUACAGCAUACUAACGGAGCCACCGAUGAUCCUGUCAAACCCGCUUCUCCAUCGACAGAUUAUCAAAACGGCCAUACCGCCCUAACUAACGCCAUGGAUGAUAAGCUUCAACUGUUUGCCAUAUAA